UUGUUUAUUUUUAGUUUUCCUCUAAAUUAAAAAAUCACUAAUUACUGUUUCGGUUUAUCCACAAAAUAAUAAAUAAAAAUAUAAAAUGGCAACAACUCCACCAGACUUAGACUGGGUCCAAUUGCGUAUCGAUAUGGGAGAGGAAACUCAUGAAGAUUUUAAGACUAGAUUUAAACGUAAAAUGUUUGGAAAUCCUUUGGUACCAAUAGGAAUGCUAGCAACAACAGUAGCUUUGCUUACUGGUCUAGGAUAUUUACGAAAAGGUAACAGUGUCAAGCAGCAGAUGAUGAUGCGAGCUCGUGUUUCUGCUCAGGGUUUUACUAUUGCAGCAGCACUUUUUGGAACUCUUUCUGCAACUUUCGCUUCACAUUUUGAGGAAGUUGCUAAUUAUACUAAAAAAUAUACUGGAUUGGGUACUCCAACUGAUACUGAUGAUGGUACUAGUUCUAAUGCUGAGGUUAAGACGAGUCCUGAGCCUAAAGCUAAAAACGAGGGCGAAAAAAAAGAGGUCUCGCAAACUAAAGUCAAGUUAGAAGAGACAAAAACAGUUGAUGAUAAAAAAACUGGGAAAUAAAUUUAUUGUAUAGAAAAUUAGAGAUAUUUAGUUGAUUGAAUACCUAUAUUUAUACUUAUGAAAUUAGUUUUAUGUGUGUAAAUAAAUAUAUUUUUAAGUUUAUCGUUAA